CGGAGGCGGAGCUUCUGGCAGACUCCAAGGGGCCAUGGGCGUCGAGCCCGCCUAGGUGCCCGACCAGCCAGGCUCCCGCAACCCACGGGCGGCCACUGCGCAGGCGCCUCGCCGAGCCGGCGGCCCCGCCCCGGCCUGCGGUUCCAUGGCGCUGUGCGAGGCCGCGGGCUGCGGAAGCGCCCUGGUGUGGCCUCGCGUGUUGCUCUUCGGGGACUCCAUCACCCAGUUUUCCUUCCAGCAGGGUGGAUGGGGAGCAUCGCUGGCUGACAAGCUGGUCAGAAAAUGUGAUGUUCUGAAUCGUGGAUUUUCAGGUUAUAAUACCAGAUGGGCCAAAAUUAUCCUUCCAAGAUUAAUCAGGAAAGGAAACAGCUUGGACACCCCAGUAGCUGUGACAGUCUUCUUUGGGGCCAAUGACAGUGCACUAAAAGAUGAGAAUCCCAAGCAGCACAUUGCCCUGGACGAGUAUGCUGCAAAUUUAAAGAGCAUGGUGCAGUACCUGAAGUCUGUGGACAUCCCUGAGAAUCGAGUCAUUCUCAUCACGCCGACCCCACUUUGUGAAACAGCCUGGGAAAAACAGUGCAUCAUACAAGGUUGCAAACUAAAUCGCCUGAAUUCUGUUGUUGGUGAAUAUGCCAAUGCAUGUUUACAAGUGGCCCAAGACUGUGGGACUGACGUACUUGACCUGUGGACCCUGAUGCAAGAAAGCCAGGACUUCUCAUCCUAUUUAUCAGAUGGACUACAUUUGUCAUCAAAGGGGAAUGAAUUUUUGUUCUCACAUCUCUGGCCUUUGAUAGAGAAAAAGGUCUCUUCUCUGCCUUUGCUGCUUCCUUACUGGCGGGAUGUAGCAGAAGCAAACCCUGAAUUAAGUCUGCUAGGAGAUGGAGACCAUUAGCCAAUCACGGGAGACCCAAGUCUGCUUAUUAAUCUACAGAACUCAAAGUUGCCAAUACAUAGACACCUCUUUUUCCUCCGGCUUAAACCUUUGCCAAUGAUAUUAAUAAUAAAAGUAUUAGGAUUUUUCAGGGAA